UCUCCGAAAUGGCAAAAUUACUCGCUUAUUAUAAUCUGUGUCCCAUUAACAAUGUUGACGACUUUCUUGGCUUGUCUCGGGAUGUUGAUCCUGGCUGUGUUAUCAACACGCUUGGUAGAAAUAUCAUACUGGUGGUGAAGCUGAGUAAUCAGCGACAAAUCCGUAGCUGGACCGUACUCGACCGGCUCAGCAGCAAGGUGGUGUACGAUUUUCGUUCCGAACGCUACGUGGGUGUUUUCGGUGGGAAAUACAUACGGUGCUGGAGUCAAGAUCAGAACGAUAUCAACACGGUAAAGAAGGUGAAGCUGUAUCGUUCCGUCCUUGAUCUGUUCUCACUUGCAAACGGCCAAACACUACUACUUUACGCCGAUGGGAGCUGUGAAUCGCUCGAGAGUGCACUGGAAACAAGAAAGCAAAACAAAGCGAAUGUGAACGAUGAAAGAAUGGCUGCCGUGAACGUCGAUACCAAAACGCACACAAUCCGUGACGUGCAAGUACUGGUGCUGGAUAAUGGAACACCGCUGUUGACGUACUUUGUGCGGAAGGAGGACGACGGUUCGCUCGAGCUCAACUAUGCACUGCUCAAUCCUUCCGAUUUAAAGCUUCAGAAAGGGUUCGAAAAGAUAGCAUUGCAGAGGAUCGGCGAUGAUAUCAAGCUCGCCAGCAGUUGUAUCGUGGAUGGAAGCGAUGGACCUUCACUUCUAACCAUUUGGUCUGACAGUCGGAUCUUCAACCUGCAGCUCUCCCUCGGCCAAUCGCCUAAGCGUGAGGAGGGUGUUGGCAAUUUUAUCGAAAUGGUACAAACGCUCAACGUGAAGCAACCACUUUCGAUGACCUGCAUCGGCAAAGACUACGUUGCGUUCUAUGCAAACAACAAAAAUCAGGACGGCGCGAUUUUGGUCCUUUUCAACGUACAGUUCAAAGUGUUUCAAGCGAAACAAUUCUUCAAGGUGUACUUUGUGUCGUCCCGCUUCUGGGUGGUGGAAAGCAACAUUCUACUCGCCUUCGGGCAGAUGCUUGCGGUGGUGCCGUUUAAAAUAAGCAAGAAGCAACUGUCGGACAUGAUUGGCAGCCAGGCAACGUUCGAUCUAACGAACACGGUCGAUGACGAAAGCAUAAACGAGGAGUGUGAAUUUUUGGACACAUACUCGUUUAGCGAAAGUUUGACCGAAAAGGCAAAGCAAUGUGGUUUGUUUGAUGAGAGCAGCAAAAGCGACGAGGAAGAUGAGGAAACGAUUACAAACGUGCCUGGCUUGAAACGGUUGUACAGUGCUGAUGAGUUUGAUGAAGCACUUCGUGCGGCUUAUCGUCAAUCAAUGGCAGUGAAUGUGAUUGAAUGUGACUGGCUGCCUGAGGAUACGGUGCAGAUAAAGCUGUUCAACAAUGCAGACUACUCGCUGGGACCGUUAAUUUUGAGUGAAAAAUUUGAAAUCAUUCUAGAAGAGCUCGAACGUUGCGGUUACUCAGAGGUGGAAAUUACUGACCGAAUCGUGCCGGUGCUAGUAGACGGAAAACUUACCGAGGACCUUGCCAAGUGUCUCAAACGAUACUCAGUCAUCUCGGAACGAACCAUCGUUAAAGCGUUAAAGUACGCGUUAUCUUUACCCGUGCCAGCGUACGAUGAAGAAUCUUCGGAACGACCGGAAAUCGUUGAAGUUCCAAAAAAACUGGAAUCGGAACUACCAAAUCAAGACAUCAUCGUUACAGCACAGGCCAACCAUCCGUCGCAUCGCGAUCUGCUAAAUGUGGUACUUUCCUGUAGCUUCAACCGCAAACCGAUGACUCAGUACAUCCGGAAGGAGCUAGAUUUUAGCAUCGUUACGGUACUGAUGCAACAUCUCGAGGAUCUACUACUCGAUCCGAUGGCAACCUUGAGCGAAACGCUCCACAAUGGAGAUACGUUCGAUAGCGAUGAGCAGGUGGUUGGAUGGAUUAUGGUGCUGCUCGAUUCUCACUACCAGCAGUUUAUACUUUCGACGGAAGAUACCGUGCGCGAACAGUUGCAGCGGAUGCUGGACAUUGUCAACAGGCAUGUUGGAUUGUUGAGAGAGCUGCAAACACUAGCACCAUCGCUGCGGCGCAUGUUAGAACGUAAAACGAGCAAAACUGCACGUGAUCCUAGCCAGUGGUACAACGUGGAAACGAUUACACUCUACUAG